UUUUGGUGGCUCCCAGGUGACACAACUGUCCUAGAAUAUGAUGACGUCGUAAAAAUCGACUUUGGUACUCACAUCAAUGGGCGCAUCAUUGAUUGUGCCUUCACACUGAGCUUCAACCCGCGUUACGAUCCAUUGGUCAAGGGAGUACAGGAAGCUACUGAAGCAGGCAUCAAGGCUUCUGGAGUUGAUGUCAGGCUGUGUGACGUAGGAGCUGCUGUUCAAGAGGUUAUGGAAUCACAUGAAGUAGAAAUUGAUGGCCAAGUGUAUCAAGUGAAACCCAUUCGUAAUUUGAAUGGACACUCCAUUGGACCAUACAGGAUCCACGCUGGUAAGACAGUACCAAUUGUGAAGGGUGGUGAAACUACACGUAUGGAAGAGAAUGAAUUUUAUGCUAUUGAGACAUUCGGAUCUACUGGACGUGGCCAAGUGCAUGAUGAUAUGGACUGCUCUCAUUACAUGAAGAACUUUGAUCAACAAUUUGUGCCACUGAGGCUCCAAUCAUCAAAGCAACUUCUGAACUUGAUCAACAAAAAUUUCGGAACCCUGGCGUUCUGUAAGCGAUGGUUAGAACGCGCAGGUGCGUCUCGUUAUGCUAUGGCGCUCAAGGACUUGUGUGACAAAGGCGUGGUGGACGCGUACCCUCCGCUUUGCGACAUCAAAGGGUGCUACACUGCUCAAUUCGAGCACACUAUUCUAUUAAGACCCACUUGCAAAGAAAUCAUAUCGCGCGGAGAUGAUUACUAGCGAUAGCUGAAGUUGCUUAGGUUGAUGUCGCAGCCGGCUUAUUUCUUCUCAGAUAAUAUAAUUAAAUAACUCUGUCAACUGAGACUUACCAGUUUGGCAAUACGAGUGUUAUUGAUUUGGAUGGUUUCAUUAAAAUAGUUACUGACCAACAUAAUAAACUACAUUUAAAAUCAUAUUUUUAAGAACAAGCAUCGCGUAAAUAUCAGUUUAAGUCGUGUUUGUUAUUGACGUACCCAUUUGUUGCUUUUUAGUAUAAGAUGUCGUUUUUGGAGCGUAUUGUUCGUCCUCAAAGACAUUUAACUCUUUGUUGUAACAUUGUUAUUUCUUUUACUAAUCUUACUUUAAAAUCGUAUUUUUAAUACACCCGUAUUCAUAGCAAUUGUGUCGAUAUCAAUAUUUGAAAAUAAAGUUCUUAUACUGGA